UGAGAGGUUCUGGGGAAUGGGGGCGGGAUGGCGCAGGCGCGCUCGGACUCCGGCCAGCGGAGCGUAAACAAGGCGCUGGAAGGGAUGAGGGGGCGGUCGGAGUCGAGCGAGGCCCGGAGCCGCUGAGGCUGAGCCCGCACCCCCAAGCUCCCCGCCGGCCGGCCGGCCGGGGGUCCCGCCGCUCAGGGAGGCGCCAUGAACCUGGCCAGUCAGAGCGGGGAGGCCGGCUCCGGCCAGCUGCUCUUCGCCAACUUCAACCAGGACAACACGUCCCUAGCUGUUGGCAGUAAGUCAGGUUACAAAUUCUUCUCCCUGUCAUCUGUGGACAAACUGGAACAGAUCUAUGAAUGCACCGACACAGAAGAUGUGUGCAUCGUGGAGAGGCUGUUCUCCAGUAGCUUGGUGGCCAUAGUUAGCCUGAAAGCCCCACGCAAGCUGAAAGUCUGCCACUUUAAGAAGGGGACUGAGAUUUGCAACUACAGCUAUUCCAAUACAAUCCUGGCUGUCAAACUAAAUAGACAGAGGCUGAUAGUAUGCCUAGAAGAGUCUCUGUACAUACAUAACAUACGAGACAUGAAGGUGCUGCAUACAAUCAGGGAGACGCCCCCCAACCCUGCUGGCUUGUGCGCCUUGUCAAUAAACAAUGACAAUUGCUAUCUGGCCUACCCAGGAAGUGCGGCCAUCGGAGAGGUGCAAGUCUUUGACACCAUCAAUCUGAGAGCUGCUAAUAUGAUCCCAGCUCAUGAUAGUCCCUUGGCUGCAUUGGCCUUUGAUGCAAAUGGCACUAAACUUGCCACAGCAUCAGAAAAGGGGACAGUGAUCCGAGUAUUUUCCAUUCCAGAGGGACAGAAACUCUUUGAAUUCCGAAGGGGAGUGAAGAGGUGUGUAAGCAUCUGCUCAUUGGCCUUCAGCAUGGAUGGCAUGUUCCUCUCUGCAUCCAGUAACACAGAGACAGUGCACAUCUUCAAACUCGAGACUGUGAAAGAAAAACCUCAGGAAGAGCCCACUACCUGGACAGGUUACUUCGGAAAAAUGCUGUUGUCCUCCACAAGCUAUCUGCCCUCUCAAGUCACAGAAAUGUUUAACCAGGGUAGAGCCUUUGCUACAGUCCGUCUGCCAUUCUGUGGACACAAAAACAUCUGUGCUCUUGCCACAAUCCAGAAGAUUCCCCGUUUACUGGUGGGAGCUUCUGAUGGAUACCUCUAUAUGUACAACCUGGACCCCCAGGAAGGAGGAGAGUGCACGCUAAUGAAACAGCACAAGCUAGAUGGCAGUAUGGAGCCAGCCAAUGAAAUUUUAGAGUCUGCGUCACAUGACCGGCCACUAGUAGCACAAACAUAUAGUGCUGCUGUGACAAAAGGUACUUAUGUGCCUUCAUCACCCACAAGACAUGCCUAUCCAGAGGAUCUGGGUGCAGUGGGUGGAGCUUGCCUGGAAGAUGAAACCAAUGCACUGCGAUUGGAUGAAGACAGUGAGCAUCCUCCCAUGAUUCUUCGGACUGACUGAACUUUGACCUGUGAACUCACUCCUAAAGCAGAGAACACUGGCCUGAUGUUUCUUGAGGAAUCUCGUGUUAUGCUGCUAUGAACUUUGGCAUGAAUUGGGAGAGAGGAUGACAGACUCCAAAACCAGUUUUAAACGUUGUAGCUGUAGUCCUAAUUCUAUACCAUUGGGAAAAUAUAUGGUUUCAAUUCAGUGGCUUUUAAUCUUGCUUAUCUAUUUUAGCUGUGUGUGGUUUUGCUUUUUUGUUUUUUGGGGGGGGGUUGUUUUGUUUGCUGUUGUUGCCAAAACCUGCUGUUUGUGCAGUCCUCAGAACCUACUAGCUUUGCAUGCAUUCAUGUGCCAAGCAAGCAUAGGAGAGAGAAGCCACUUGAUAACAAACUAAAGUUUGUAUUUUUUUAUAUAUGUAUAUAAUACUUAGCAUAUAUAAGGAAGGAGUGGAAAAGUGGUUCUGGAUGCUGAGGCUGGUUCUGCACUGACAAAGGUCCAAAUGGUUCCCUUUCAUUGGCUUGCAGGCAUGCCUCAUGACUGACAUGCAACCUUUAAGAUGCAAUAUCCUGUUUCUUGGGUUCCCCCUCCCCUUCCCUGAACCAUUUGGUUAAUUAAAAUUCCUUCUGAAUGUUGCUUAUUUGUGGGAGUGUUCUAUUUGUUGGGAUGGAAGGCCUGUUUCCUGACUGGAAUUUCUUCUGUCCCCAAGAAUAUGUAAUCUAGAAAGUGCCUGUACAGGAAAACAUUUUAGGGGAAGGAAAGCUAGGAAGGGGUAGACAUUUACUGUUUUUAGAUGUGUGUUCAUCUAUCCUUGCUAUUUGGAGCUGUCUGUCUUCAAGCCAAGUUAGCCAAUAUGCUGACUUAGAAGAAGUGUUUCAGGUUAAUAACUUGGAAAGCACUUUCUUCUUCCCUCCCUCUGUUAGAUCAGUUAUGUCCCUGUCAGAGCAGCAAUAAUCUCUCAUUUUAUACCUGCUUUAAUCCCUCAGAGCAAGGCCAGCAUCCUUCCUGCCAAGGACUGGAUGGAGAUCGCUUCAGAGUCUGUCAGCCCUACUUCUUAAAUGGCCUUAAGGUUUUGCAUUGGGAAGAUACAACGCUCCCCUCUCCUUUCCUUGUCUCCGUCCAAUUUGGAUCUGAGCAUGCUGCCUCAGUAAUGAAGGUUGAGGAAUUAUGGAAUGCUGAUGUAAAUAUAAAUGACUAUCCAUUUGAGUUCCAGCUUUUGAGAGUUAUUAAUCUUCUCUCAAGGGUUCCUUGGAUAACUAAACUACAUUGUGUGUUGCCUCCAUUUCCACCGGCUUGAGGAGCACUUCUGAUGCACUUGAAAGGGAUGGUUGUCCAUUAGGCAGCUCUGGAAUGACAGUUCUUGAACUGCUGUGACCCUGGCUAGGAGUGAACAAAGUUGGGCAAUGCUGCCAUCUAUUUAUAAUGUGCCUUUUGGAUAUAUUAGGUGAGCAAAAUGAUUACCACAGCCUUCAGGUGUGAGUGUUGCUUUCCUUAGACUGUAAGUCUCCUUUACCUUUCAGAUAGUGAAACUGAUUACCCAUCUCUCACUCUGGCAUAUCUUUCAAACAACCAACCAACCCCAAACAGAUUGGAACAAAAGGGAAAGUCAUAAAUCUUGAGAGAGAACAGAACCAGGAUUUCCUUGAGUGCUUUCCCAAAUUUAACUUUCCUACCAAUCACACACAACUAUGGUGCUGCUUAGAUUUAGGAUUUGUUACUAUGCAUGUUGUUGAAUAGGGGCCGGCAGUGGGGGCAAUUUGUCCCCAGAGCUCAGCACAGGUAGCUGGGCUUCUGUUUCCUUUAAGGGAGCAGAGGAUGGUGGUAGGCCCUGCCAAAGAGUCUUGUCUUAUGUACAAACUUACCUGUCGUCAUGCUGUCAUUAUAAAAUGAACCACUGUUAGUCAAAUCAGUUUCCUGAAAGAGAAUCUUCAUCGUUCUCUCCCAGAUCCUUCUCAUGGGGUGGGGAGGUGUCAGAUUUGCCUUUACCCACUUUGAGCUCUCCGCUGUUCUGGAUACGUUGAAUGGAGCAACUAGGUUGGGCCUCUUCAGUGGUCUCCUCUGAGUGUAUUAUGUUCUGAAACAUGUUGAAAUCUCAUUAAGUCUCUGAACUUCAAGCUCUGUCAGAAAACUAAGCCCCAUAAAUAGAAUUUGUGACCAUUUGUGAACCACUGUGGGCUUUGCUGUGGAACUUAUAACUUUAGUGAGGCCUGAAAUGCAAGUCUUACAGCAAAUACAAGCUCAGCAGGUUUUGUUGGUAGCCGAAUAACUACCAAGAGACUUCAGAUGUGGUUCUGGUCACGUCCGUUUUGAUAACCCAUUUGGAGGCUUGGCAUAAAUUCUAAACUCCAUCAGAAGGGCUUGUAAUAAACAGUCAUGAGCACCCCUGAUGUAACAUAGGUCUGGUAAAGGUACAAGCUUUACAACUUCUGAGUUAUAAUGGCACCAAAAAAUACUUUCCUUCAUUUCAAUGUAAACUAAGGGAAUUUCCUGACAGUGUUCCCCUUUAAAAAAAAAAAAAAAAAAAGCUAGUGCUAGUGUGCAACACUCACAAAAUACUACACACCUGUCAGGACAUUCAUAGUUUAAGGUUCCAGCACCAACCUUAGCUCUGCCUCUCUGCUCAUUGUCUACCUAUAAGCUUGAGACCCCUCACACGCUAGCUAUAUUUCCCAUAAAUGCCAUAGACUACCAUCUCCACCCAUAUUCUACAUACGGACAGAUGAAUAGUUUACUAGAGACUCAAUACUCAUCCAAGUCACCCUUCUGCUCCAGGCUGAAGGCGAUAAUUUCUAGUAUCUUGACCUUCCUGUGCGGUCCAGAGAUUAUCCUUGCUUGGCCAGCAUACCCCUAUGGGCCAGAGAGCCCAACCUACCUCACUCGCCAUCAUUGCUGUACCUACCUGUCCAAUGGAGGUCAAAGAAGCCACUUUCAAGAGAUCUGUCUUUAUCCAAACCACUCAACACACCAGCUGGUCACAGAUCCUAGAAUAUGUAUCCCUGACUAUGGGGGUGAUCUUUCGUCGGCUUCUGUCCCCAUGGGAAGGAGCUGGCUUGCAUGUAGGCCCUGCUUGGCAACCGCCUUUCUGUCCUGCAAGAUGUGGCUGUCAUAUCUCCCACCUGGCCCUAUCUUGUAGGUCUGUCACCAGUUGUGAUGUAAACAAUUCAGGGGUUGAGAGAAACUCACUGCAUCUCCUCAUCCCUUCCCCGUUCAGCCUGGAUCUUAAACAUUGCCUCAGCAGAAGUGGGAACCUGGCCAUUGGGAACUGGCUGCUGACAAAUAUAGGAGUUCUCUUUAGCAUAGGGCUUAAUCCCAGGUAUAUAAGGGGCUGCCUUAUGGUGACAACCCACUCUUCCGUCAUGUAUCCUCAUAUGACUAAGGAGCGUACUAUUGGAAGUCCUGUGCUCCACACUGCAGGUGGUGUUAAAACCUUUAACUGUGAAUUUCCUGAGUUUCUAGUGUGUGCGUAGGGUUCAUAUUUUAUUAACGCUCUAGCGGGCAAUAUAUUCUCAGCCAUAACUCCACCUACAUUUUCUUUAAAUACUGCACUUAUCAAAGGCUUAUUUUUAACAAUAAAGCUUUUUGGGGAAAGUGUCAGUAUGUGGUGAAAUGUAUAACCAAAGAUGACAUGCUGCGGGGGGGAAAUGUGUGUAGUCUUGGAAUUCUAAACUCAGGUGUUGCUAGGUUCUAGGGUUACUAGUUCCCAUUGAGUACCAUAGAUAGAGGAGGGGCUGCGCUUCAGAUACUUUUUGUUAAUGUGUACAUAGCUAGCAAGUGUGCUUGUUCUGUGGCUGCUUUGAGAUCGGUCAGUUCUUGUAAUUUUUCUCUUAUUUUUUUUCUUGAGUUAUGAACCAGGAGAUGUUGCCUGCUUUGGACUCUCCCUAGAGCAUUGUUCCCGCAGUAUAACCGUAGGUAAAUCUAGCAGUUAAAAAGUAACUGGGCAUGGCAGAGAGGAGAACAGAGCAUUGUAGAAUCAUGUGAGGAAGUGGCAGGAGGUUCCUAAAGGCUGCUGCUUUUUUCCUAAAGUCCCAAUUCAGCCAGGCACUGAAGCACGUGAGUGGUCCAGUGAAAUCAGUUAGGCUCAAAGUUAAGCACCUUGCUGAAUUGGGGCUCAGCUGAGGAAUUUCUUAGGACUAAUACCCGAGGACUAAAUUUCCCUAAAGGAGUAGGGAAAAGCUAUCCCCUUUUUUUUUUUUUUUUUUUUAACUGCCUCAGAUUGCAUAUAAACAUCAGUUGGAGUACGAACCUGAAGCUGUUUCCUUAAGUAUAGUAACAGGAGUUUCAAGCUGAAAGGAAGUUGUUUACAGCUAAUAAUUAAAAAAAAAAAAAAAAAAGGAGACCAAUUGGAGAACUACCACCACUUAAUAAUUCAGCCAGAGACCUAGGGUUGUGAAUCUGAUCAGCAGAACUUUUUUCUACUGGGAAUCUCACACUCUGCUUCCUUGGUUCUAAUAAUGGCAUCUGCACAAAAGAUAACGUGUAAUAAGGUUUUAGAAUUUCUUUCCUAGAGGGUCACCCCAGCUACUCAGCAUAUUUUUCUCUUCUAUGCAGACCAGUUGCGGCUGUCUGGGGGAAUAAUCAUGUCCUCCCACCCCCCAAAGCAUUGUCUGUGGUCCUACUCGCUGUACUUGCACAGCUCAAAACCCCUGCCCUGCUUUGAAAGUUUUAUCCCUGAUAAUUAAAGCCCAACUGCAAGGAGCACAGUAAAGUUUUGAUUUAACCUAUUAGCACUUGAGGUCAAGGCUUAAGUGUCUUCUCUGUGCAAGCAUAAUUCUUCAUGUUUCUGGGAGUUACGCCAUAUGCUGAAAGGAGAUUAGACCCUUAAAAUGCUAAUGCGGCUCAGGAAAGUGCUCACAAGCAAGAGAGUCUGGCUCCUGGUGUGUGAAUAACUCACUUCAAAUAGCAAUUUCACAAUUGAAGGCACUUAGCAAAUUUUCAUUUAUGCAUCUUUAAUACUUAACGGGCACAAUCCAUCUCUGUAAAAUAGCGGACAACAGGUCUUCACUCUGUCUUGCAAGUAGCUACUUUUCCAUGUGCAUUGUGGGUGUCUUGGCUCUAUACUGUUCAUAUGGCUGCAGAAAUUGCACAUUAGUCCUUACUUCCUUUGUACAUAAUUUGAUUAAUUUGUAAGUGGGUGGGGAAUUGGGUAGUAACUAGUGUGAGGAGUCCAGUCCCCAGCUCCUGAAUUUAAUUGAGUCAGCGUCUUUCUCAACCCUCUCGACCCAGUCAAAUCUUUCCCUUUCAGAUUUACUUCCUUAUCUGGAAGAAGGUGCAUCCUGCAGUGCUAAUACGCUUCUGCUCAAUGUCUGUAUAAAAAAAUGGCAAAAUCUGUUCACAAAUAACAUUCCACACUACCAAGUGUCCAGCUCUUACUGCUAGCCCAUUGCUGUUCAACUUUUAUAAUUGCAUAAGAAAUUAAACCUGUGUUGUGAUA